UGCGCAUUAUUGCUGGAUGCGUAGUUGCAAAUCGCAUAGUCGAGGUUGUUUGGAGUAAGUAGGGAUGCUAACUGUGUCGCGGUUGUUAAGCGCGAACUUGCUACAAUCAGCUUAAACUUUUUGUUCACCACCUCCGCCCAACGAACUUUUUGGAGAUGUAAUACGUGAUUUUGAUGCAACAUAAUCUUAUCCACCAUAUUUCUGGAAGGACGGGCGAGCUACGAUGACGCGUGAAGAAAGUGACCCUCCAUCCAAAAAAUCGCUAAUGCAACAUGCGCGCGCAUGGGGAGAGAACCCUUUCCCACCUACUCUCCUCGCAACGCUUAUCGCAGCCCAGCAUAUGCGCCCCUUCCAGCCCCUACCGAUGCUAUUCCCACCAGCUCUUUUAUUCACAACAUACCUCAACCUACUAGACUACAAGGUUGAUGCCGCCGGCAUAAAUGCUGCAUGGUCAGGCUUGUAUUUGCUCCUGGCUGCGAAAAGGAAACAACCGUUCAUGCAAAAGUGGGGAGCUAGAGGGAUUGUGAGGGGUGCUGCUAUCGGUUUUGGGUUUACUAACAUGGUUAGUGGUGGGCUAGUUUAUAUGCUUGGAAGGAGGAGGGGGGAUGACGGUGAAGGACUAAGUAUUUGAAGAAAUUAUAACUAUUCGGGAUG